AUGUCCCAGAGCCCCAGUUCCUCCUGUCCCAGAGUCCCAGUCCCUCCAGCCCCAGAGCCCCAGUCCCUCCAGCCCCAGAGCCCCAGUCCCUCCUGCCCCAGAGCCCCAGUCCCUCCAGCCCCAGAGUCCCAGUCCCUCCUGCCCCAGAGCCCCAGUCUCCCCAUGUCCCAGAGACCCAGUUCCUCCUGUCCCAGAGUCCCAGUCCCUCCAGCCCCAAAGCCCCAGUCCCUCCAGCCCCAGAGUCCCAGUCCCCCCUGUCCCAGAGCCCCAGUCCAUCCAGCCCCAGAACCCCAGUCCCUCCAGUCCCAGAGCCCGACCCUCCAGUCCCAGAGCCCCAGUCCCUCCUGUCCCAGAGCCCCAGUCCCUCCUGACCCAGAGCCCAAGUACCUCCUGCCCCAGAGCCCCAGUCCCUCCUGCCCCAGAGCCCCAGUCUCCCCAUGUCCCAGAGACCCAGUUCCUCCUGUCCCAGAGUCCCAGUCCCUCCAGCCCCAAAGCCCCAGUCCCUCCAGCCCCAGAGCCCCAGUCCCUCCAGCCCCAGAGCCCCAGUCCCUCCAGCCCCAGAGUCCCAGUCCAUCCAGUCCCAGAGCCCCAGUCCCUCCUGUCCCAGAGCCCCAGUCCCUCCAGUCCCAGAGCCCCAGCCCCUCAAGCCCCAGAGCCCGAGUCCCUCCUGCCCCAGUCCCUCCUGCCCCAGAGCCCCAGUCCCUCCUGUCCCAGAGCCCCAGUCCCUCCAGCCCCAGAGCCCCAGUCCCUCCAGCCCCAGAGCCCAAGUCCCUCCUGUCCCAGAGCCCCAGUCCCUCCUGUCCCAGAGCCCCAGUCCCUCCAGGCCCAGAGCCCCAGUCCCUCCAGCCCCAGAGCCCCAGUCUCCCCCUGUUCCAGAGCCCCAGUUCCUCCUGUCCCAGAGUCCCAGUCCCUCCAGCCCCAGAGCCCCAGUCCCUCCAGCCCCAGAGCCUCAGUCCCUCCAGCCCCAGAGCCCCAGUCCCUCCAGCCCCAGAGCCCCAGUCCCUCCAGCCCCAGAGCCCCAGUCCCUCCAGUCCCAGAGCCCCAGUCCCUCCAGUCCCAGAGCCCCAGUCCCUCCAGCCCAAGAGCGCCAGUCCCUCCUGCCCCAGAGCCCCAGUCCCUCUACUCCCAGAGCCGCAGUCCCUCCACUCCCAGAGCCCCAGUCCCUCCAGUCCCAGAGCCCCAGUCCCUCCAGUCCCAGAGCCCCAGUCCCUCCACUCCCAGAACCCCAGUCCCUCCAGUCCCGGAACCCCAGUCCCAGAGCCCCAGUCCCUCCUGUCCCAGAGCCCCAGUCCCUCCUGUCCCAGAGCCCCAGUCCCUCCUGUCCCAGAGCCCCAGUACCUCCAGUCCCAAAGCCCCGGUCCCUCCAGUCCCAAAGCCCCGGUCCCUCCAGCCCCAGAGCCCCAGUCCCAGAGCCCCAGUCCCUCCUGUCCCAGAGCCACAGUCCCUACUGUCCCAGAGCCCCAGUCCCUCCAGCCCCAGAGCCCCAGUCCCUCCAGCCCCAGAGCCCCAGUCAAUCCUGUCUCAGAGCCACAGUCCCUCCUGUCCCAGAGCCCCAGUCAAUCCUGUCUCAGAGCCACAGUCCCUCCUGUCCCAGAGCCCCAGUCCCUCCUGUCUCAGAGCCCCAGUCCCUCCAGUCCCAGAGCCCCAGUCCCUCCAGUCCCAGAACCCCAGUCCCAGACGCCCAGUCCCUCCUGUCCCAGAGCCCCAGUCCCUCCUGCCCCAGAGCCCCAGUCCCUCCUGUCCCAGAGCCCCAGUACCCCCAGUCCCAAAGCCCCGGUCCCUCCAGCCCUAGAGCCCCAGUCCCUCCAGCCCCAGAGCCCCAGUCCAUCCUGUCCCAGAGCCUCAGUCCCUCCAGGCCCAGAGCCCCAGCCCAUCCUGGCCCAGAGCCCCAGCCCAUCCAGCCCCAGAGCCCCAGUCCCUCCAGCCCCAGAGCCCAAGUCCCUCCUGUCCCAGAGCCCCAGUCCCUCCAGGCCCAGAGCCCCAGUCCCUCAAGCCCAGAGCCCCAGUCCCUCCAGCACCAGAGCCCCAGUCCCUCCUCCCCCAGAGCCCCAGUCUCACCCUGUCCCAGAGCCCCAGUCCAUCCAGCCCCAGAGCCCUGUCCCUCCAGUCCCAGAGCCCCAGUCCAUCCUGUCCCAGAGCCUCAGUCCCUCCAGGCCCAGAGCCCCAGUCCCUCCUGUCCCAGAGCCCAAGUACCUCCUGCCCCAGAGCCCCAGUCUCCCCCUGUCCCAGAGCCCCAGUUCCUCCUGUCCCAGAGCCCCAGUCCCUCCAGUCCCUGAGCCCCAGUCCCUCCUGUAUCAGAGCCCCAGUCCCUCCUGUCCCAGAUCCCCAGUCCCUCCAGUCCCAGAGCCCCAGUUCCUCCAGCCCCAGAGCCCCAGUCCCUCCCGUCCCAGAGCCCCAGUUCCAGAGCCCCAGUCCCUCCUGUCCCAGAGCCCCAGUCCAUCCUGUCCCAGAGCCCCAGUCCCUCCUGUCCCAGAGCCCCAGUCCAUCCUGUCACAGAGCCCCAGUCCCUCCAGCCCCAGAGCCCCAGUCCCUCCCGUCCCAGAGCCCCAGUCCCAGAGCCCCAGUCCAUCCUGUCCCAGAGCCCCAGUCCAUCCUGUCCCAGAGCCCCAGUCCCUCCAGCCAGCCCGUGUUCAUAAUUCUAAUCCCCUUCUUUAG